AUUAAGUAAAUUUUUUUGUUAUUAUGAGCAGGAUUAUUUAAAAAAUAUUUAAAUAUCUCCACGUACAUUUAGAGAUGAGAAAAACUUGGAAAUGAAAUGAUCGGAAAAUUUCGCGACUGCGGCGUUAAUAUCUUUCACUUUUGCGAGCAUGAAUGAAGGAAAUGGUAAAAAUAUCGGUGCCGUCCAAUCGCGAUUUUUCGCUGUCCCGUUUACUACGAGUUAUUGCUUCCGAUAGUGCAUCGUCAUUCAGGUUCAUAUUUUUGGCGCUCACGGAUGUGCGAUUAAAGCCCAGGGAAGCAGACAAUAAGUAAGAUUUCGGAGAUCUAUAUUCUGGCCGGCCGGUUGCAAGAAUCUCGUAUAACUUGCAUGACGUUAAUGCAUGGCAGCACAAAAAACUUGGAUAAACUUCAAAUUUGUGUAACAGUGCCUCGAUACUGAUUAGAGAAUGUUGAAAUAAUGUAACACGCAAUUGUGCGUUUUAUUUUUGCGUGUAAAAAGAUAUUUACAUGUUUUUUAAAAUUGUAAUUUGCUAAGCUAUAAGCUAUUGAAGUAAGGAAAAUAAUGAGAAAUAUAACGAGGAAAAAAAUAAUAAUUGCUAAAAAUAUGUAAUUAAGUGCUAAAAUGUACCUUGAAAAAAGUUUGGAAGUGCUCAAAAGUAAAAAUGCCUUAUAACAAUUGUCAGCUAUUGUGUACUGAUAUAUCAGCGGCACUAAAAACCGGUGGACCACUAAACGAAUAAUUCUAUAAACAAUUGUUAGAAUUUGUCACCUUAACAGCAGAAAUAAUAAAGGUAACCAUAAUGUUCACAAUAAUUAUAAUAUUCCUUUCUUCUCUAUUUGUAAACUAUUUAUUAUAAAUUAAGAUAGGUCUGUAUUCGGUCACAACAACAUCUUAAUGCUGAAAUAAUGUUUUUUGUGUAAAUUUUAAAUACACUUUUUAAUUCUUCCAGUUGUGUGCUGUUACUUUCAGUUUCAUAUAUAUUUUAUCAACUCAAACUUUCAGGGUAUACCGGCAAGUUAGAGAUAUACCGCGAUGAUCGUAGAAACUGAAAAGCUUUAUACUUCUUCGAUAAUACUGUAAACUUUUUAUUAACUUUUUAUAAUUUUCUAUAAAAUAAAUUACUAAUUAGGACUUUUCAGGAUUCCUAUUGUUGCGUAUUGUAAAGAUGACAACGUAAGGACUUGAAAAUUUAUAAGGUUGCCCUGUGUUCCGAAGAGUUAAUAUCAACUAUUAAAAGGUUGCAGUAAAUUUUUUCUUGAUCAUAUUCUCUUUCUUUUCUCAUCUUUUUCAAAAAAUUAUUAAAUAAUCGUCUGUUCUAUUACAUAAACAACUGCAAUUAUAUCUUAAAAGUGCGAUCUUCAUAAAAUGGAAUCAAUUUAACAGUUGCGUUCGUACCAGAAAGCGUAUUUCGUUAUUAUUUUUUUAUUUUACAUGACUGGAGGUAGCAAUAUAUAGCUAUCACAAAUCAGUAAUAUCACCUAGAAUACGCUUGUACGAGUAACCAAUCACCUACGCACGCUUACACCCCAAUUCCACUAUGCGUACCCUUUACAGCCUAUGAGUGGAUUUCAUUGUAGAUUUCAAAGCACGAGUUUACGGUGCUGCGGAAUCAAUAGAUGCGGCAGCGCAACCCGGUGAAACCACCCCGUGUGCGUGUUGGUUUCUGAACUGUCAACAAACCAGUACGCAACGGGGACACGCAGUGAUGGUGGAGCCAGAAAAAUCCUACAUGUGGCACGAUUAAUAUACGGCCUUAUUUACUGCAGCUUCGUUCGACAUCAUGACAAAACAACUGCAUCCAAUUUUGUGCCAGGAAGCGCGAUGACUGCUAAAAAUUCUUGGAAACAACGGCGUCCAGUUGAAGGAAGAUGAACGAGAUGGAGCAGAUUCCUGAGGGUUGAGAUCGCGUGGAUCUUCGAGAUGACCGGUUGGAGAAUGCAGCCGACCGCCUCGGUGCUCGGCGUCAUCGCCAUUAUCUCCGUCAUGAUUACUGUCACUGCGUCAGAAGCGGAGAACGGCGCCAUCGAGCGUGGCAUUAAUCAUCUCGACGAGGAAGAUCAACGAGAUCGCUUCGACGAGAGAAUCGCGAAGAAUCGUACUAUCGAAAUCGCUGGCUGGUCUCGCGGCAACGAUACAACAGUUCUCGAGGAAGUUAUUUCCGCUUUCACGGUUGAAUACCCAGUCUCAACAAAGGAUUCGUCCUCGCUCGUUACCGUGGUGGAUCCUCAUUUCGAGAACGCAUCGAAGAAAUACGUGGACGAUCAGAUAAUAUUCGCCUCGAAAAGGAUCGAGGACUCGGAGCAGGCGGAAGAGGCUCCAGCGAAAAGGCUGGACCACGGAGACGUUCGAGGGACGAACGGCUCCACUGUAGAAAAGUCGAAAGACGACUGGUCGACGGUGAUAUCGCUGGAGAAGGAUGAAGACGUUACGGAAGCGAGAUACAGCGAGCAGAGAAACGGGCCAGAUAUCAGGACAAUCUCGUUUCAAGUACCACCGCCAGACGAGAAGGAGGAAGACUAUCAAGACAGCCGACAACAGGGGAAAACUAGCGUCGGCCAUAUGGAUGAAACGAGGAAGCUCGGUGAGACCAGGAAAAAUCAGUCUAGACCGGCGAAUAACUUGCUGUUACCCGGCAAGUCGACGAAGGCCUUCUACGAGAUUAAACCGUCGAUCAGGACGCUCGAAACGGAACGCGGUCGUGAUCAUCAGUUUCAGAUAACUACUCACAGAACGUUGCUGGGCAGGAAGUUCGUUUUACCCAGCAUCGAUAGCGCCUUUGGAAAAUUCGGCCCAUAUUUCGAAGAUGGUGAUCGGGAGAUAAACGUGACCGCGAGAAUCGGCAGUACCGUUUUGUUGGACUGCAAGAUCGGCAUGCUAGGCGAUAAAAAGGUAACAUGGUUGCAGCACAUUAAGGACUUCUUUCGUCUAUUGACCGUAGGCAGAGUACCGUAUAGCAAUGACCAAAGAAUCAGUCUUAAUUUUCGAUAUCCCAGCAAUUGGAGAUUGCAGAUACUGUACGCGAACCCACGUGACUCGGGGUUGUAUCAGUGCCAAGUUGCCACGCAUCCGCCGCUGGUUAAAAAAAUCAACGUCAUCGUUACAGCGCCAACUCUGACGAUCAGCGACGAUUCUGGACGUAUAGUUUCCAAGGAAAGGCAUCUAAAGGCAGGCAGUAUUCUCAGGCUCAGAUGUGAGGCAAGGGACGUGCUCGAGUCGUUCAACGAGUCUGUCGUUUGGACUAGAGGAGACGAGACCCUUACAGAGGAUAUUAGCGAGAACAGAACGACAGAGAUCUCGGCGGGCAAGGAGGUCCUUGUGAUUGUCAGUACUCUCAUCGUGGAGAGAGCGAGCCCCAGGCACGCGGGGAACUACAGCUGCAUGGUACCCGGCAAAGCCAAGACCACCGUCGCGGUGCACGUUCUCAAUGGUGAGUACGUCUUUUACGUGCACACGUGUACCGUCGUUACAGUCUUUCUCUCGCACCAGUCUAGAAGAGAAAGAGAAGAUUUCGCCGGCACGUCGGUCGUUACUUAUCAAAGCGAAACGAAGUUUCCUCAUAGCCGAGAGACUUCGGAUCAGAAUGCGCACUAUAGAUUAACAAUUUUGAAACUCGGACCGUCAUAACCGAAUGACGUCCCCUUUUCGUCUUCAGUUCAUUUCUGUGACCUUUUCGCUUAGCGAUUUCCGCUCCGUGUCAGAAGCGCAAACCUUCAACGUACGAAGUUGCAUUUCUAAGCUUAAACGAACACGAAGGCAAGUUUCACCAGAAAUCUCAAAGUUACAUCGACUUUUAGAAGUCGCUUUAACCAUAUGAAAAGAAGAACUAUAUAUUUUGCAUAUAUAUUUAUAUAAAUUCUAUACAUGCUCCUGGAGUUUAUCUGGAAAAUUUUACAGUUUUGUGCUCACAGGAAUAUUCUUUGUUUGGUAAAAUUCUUGGGACCUCAAUAAACAGAAUUUUUCAGUACAAUUUUAGUACAAAACGUAAAAAUUUUGCUACUGUCAAAUAUUGCAAAUAUCAUGUUUAUUAUAGUAUAAUUCACGUAUUAGCCCAGGUCGAAAUUUUACUUCUACUUUCGAUCUUAAUUAGACUUUUGAGCUCCAUACUUUAAUUUGAUAGUUAUCGGAAAAUUUCUCACUUUGAGGUUUACUUAAAAUCUCUUUAAACUCUCCUGUUAUAAUUGGUUCCUGUUUCGGGUCCUGUUGUAAUAUGUUCAAACGACAUCUAUUUAAAGUACAGGAAAGUCGCCAAAAGUGAUGACCCUCCAUUUUGUUUUCAGAUAAUAUUUCUUAAACAAAAACUAAAAAUUAAACUUUAAAAACAUAAAUACAAACUACAAAGUGUCUUCUUUAGUCUGGUAUAGCAGUUUUUAUAAUACUAUUUUGUAAUAAUUAAUUUGUUUUCGCAACAUAAUCCAAAAGAACAUUUGAGAAUUCGGGUCUCAAAACUGGCACCCUAAGCAGUGAUGACAGAAUUUGGACGAGGUCUAGUAAUGGAAGAAUUAAUUAUGAAAUAAAUUGAUAAACAAAGUAAUAAAAAAUGUGUUUUUAUAUAUCACACACACACAACAAAGUUUAAAAAAAUUAAAGGCUAGAAUUGAAACAAAAUUAGUGUGCAUUAUAAACGAAGAAGUGCACCGGUAGAGUGCACGGAAAAUUGUAUUAGUUCUCCGUCUAGAACUAUGUUUCUAAAGUCCCAUCUACCAUCUUUUUUUAAGAAAAGUAGUUAUAAAUGUAUGAACUAUGGGUUUUUAUUUCUUUAAUUAUCUAUUGUAAGUAGAUCAUAUUUUUAUCGGUAUUAAUACAGUGCAAUGUUUAGUUUCUGAGAAAUAGAAGCAGGGGUGCCGCUUUAGGGGAGGAAGGCCAGUUUUGGUGAUUUUCCUCUAUCAAAAUAGACGUAAAAUGUAUAAGAUAGAGACUAACAAUAAGAAAGUAAAAAUAAAAUUUCAACUGGGAAAAAUCUCUUAAAUUAGUUUCUGUUUGUUUAUAAAAAUUUUUCUUUCCAUCCAUAUUUUAAAAUUAAAAAAUUAUCUUUUAUAGUGAUAUUGAUCUUUUAGAUAAUUUAUUGUUUUUCAUGUUUAUUCUUUUUCUCUAAUUGUUUGAAGCUUUAACAAACAAAAUGAAGUUUUUUUCUCAAAGAGAUUCUUAAAGUUCUUGCACAAAUGCGAGGAAAUAGCAAUAAGAAUAGCGAUAGAAAUGUUCAACCAAUCGGAAACUGCGAAAAAUGUUUAAGAACCAAUCAGAAGCUGCGAAACCAACGAUCUGUGUUUAUUCUCUAUCGCUAUCGCUAUUCUCCCGUAUUGUGUAAGGACCUUUAAUGUUUCUUCUUAUUAGACCUCCACGCGUGAACGUUUUACAUAUCUUCGUUGCUUGGUGCUUUACGCACCGUUCCAACGAAGACGGAGCAAGUUGCCACGAUGAAUCUGGUAGUUACUUAUCAAACUUGAAUGGACCUGCUCGUCGCGCAAAGGACGGCGGGAAUACGAAACAAGGUAUAAAUCGUGUGGGAUUUGCACGGUGAUUACUCACGGUUGAGCCGCGCGGGCACGUUUUUCGCUCCCUGCUAUUUCCGGCUACAGCACACGCUAACCGCGCGCAACGCGGUUACGACGGUCGCCUUUCUCUUUCUGGCAAUAUAGAAUGUUAAUGUCGCUGUAGCUCUUCAUUAUAUUGCACGACCCUCCGCCGGCAUUUCCGAAAAUUUGCGAGGACGCUUAAUUUAUUCCAGUCGACCGCAUUUGCGUGAUAGGGAAAUAUUGUGCGUUUUAUCACACUGCGCGCGCUCAGGUCUCUGCCACCAGAAAACACCUUUUCCACGGCUCUAUACCAUCCGGCGACGAAUUCGACGAAAUGGAUGUCCCGAGUACUUUGUCGCGCUUUUCGGAAAAUGUCUGAUUUAUCAGCGAACGUCGCGAAAAGCUUUUCUCAGUCUUUUCGCGAUUUAAAUAAUGAACGCGUCAGAUCUGAAAUAAGAACUGUCUUAAAAAGAUUUUUAUCAAUUAUUUCAUAAAUAAUAUUCACGAGCUCCUCAAUUCACCAUUCAGUCGCAAAAACUAUCGGAAAUAAAAUAUUCAUGAAAGAAAAGUAAUAUUAAUGACGAAAAAGAUCUCGCUCUUUUGAAAGCUUGAUAAAAAUAUCCAAGAACAAGAAAAAAACCACUUGUACGGAUCUACGGCGAUCAUAAAACAAGCUAUUAAUUAUAAAUCCGGAGGCAGUUUGUAAUGUGUAAUGCAACUGAGGCGUAAGAGCGAGACGAAGAAAUCCCAUGUAAAGCGUGCGCUUUUUCUGGGGCGAACAUCAGUAAGAUGGGAAACUCCUCUUUAUCCCGUAAUGCGCUUAGCAGAUGUACCGAAAACUCGGCGAGAAACUCGGAGGAGAGGAGAAACCGUGUUCUUUUGCGACAUUAUCCAUUCAACUACUUGAGUGUAGCUUCCAUACUACGCCGCGACGCUCAAAUCGCGCUGGAUUGUAUCAAUUUCAAAGUACCUAAUCGAGCCGCAAUAUGUAGAAGAGAUGAAGAACGUAUUUCUUCUAAUCAACGAUAUCAAAUUUAAACAGAUUUAAUAGGAUAACAGCUCGAAUUUCAAAAUAAUAUAAUAAACGAUAUAUGAAGAGGCCAAAUAAAACGAGCAAACAAUUAGGUAUAGAAAUAAUAAUGUCUUUAAUCUUUAACAAAUAAGUACACGUUUGGACUUUACUGAGUCUUUUUUGAACAACUUUCAUGUAACUGUAAUAAUAUGCGAAGUCAACGUGGUAACAAAGACUGAUGAUCAAUUUUGAUCAAACAAUUGAUCAAACACCAUAUUUAAACGCGAUCAAAUUAUUGAACUACUGAUGCAUGCUACUCAAUUAUAAUGUAAUAUCUGCAUUAUGCCUUUCAAUAACCAGACUCGAUUCGUUCGCAAACAAGAAACGACGAAUCAAUCAUGACUAUGAUGUUUUACUCACUUAUGACUUAUCUUGAUUUUACCGCUGACAUUACUUGUAACAUGACGUUUUAUAUCUACCGGUGAAAAUGUUUUUAUAACUGAAUUAUAGAAAAAUCGACAUCAUUAUGUAUCUUCCAAGAUUUUAUUGUUAAAUCAAUUUUUAUAUGUGCUGAGUAGGACUCUGCGAAGUCGAAACGUUCACUUGUUGUUAAAAAUUAAAAAUAUAUUAUUAUUUUAACACUCAAUUGUUUGCUCGUUUUAUUUGACGUUUUUAUAUACUAUUUAUUACAUUAAAUUAAUUUCGUGAAAAUGAAAUUUCUGCGAGAUGAUCGUUCAUCGUUUCUAUUACAUACAAUGGAAAUACGGUUAUAUUUUAGUGUCUUUCCCUGAGUUUUAAGGAAUUUUAUUUGGCUAAAAUCAUAAUCGUAUAAAAAAUGCUUUGUGAUAUACACUAUCGCCCAAAAGUAAUUGGCCACCUCAUUUUUUAUAUACUGAGAAAAAAAA